GUCUUGAAUGCUUCAUCACAAGCUCAGCUCGGCUGUGCCUGCGUUGGUUGUCAAAACCCUCGCGUUUCGUUCAUGUUCGCGUUGCAGUUCAGUGGCUCAGGUGUGACGGACAGAAACAUUUGGAGAUGAAUCUCUACAGGAGCUUUGGAAACCUUAUGGAGGCGUGGGUGAACGAGGAAAGCCUCUAUCCGGAAUCACCUACGCCUUCUUCUGACAUUGGGGCAAACUUUCGCUCAGAAUCGUUGGACUCUGGCGUGGAGAUGGCCAGCUCUGACACAUCUUCCGCUGCUACAUCCUGCUUCAUCUCAGCAGAUAAUGCAGAGAUGGAUGCAUUCAUUCCAGAAACUCAAGGCACUGGACAUGCGCCAGCCUCCGCAUCACGGUCUCCUGUCCUGUCCUCUCCCGUGCCUUCCCCUUCCUCGUCUUCGUCCCCGCGUCUCUUUCCCAGCCAGCCUCCGAACAGCUCAACUGCCUUGCACCUUAUAGUGGAGCAAGCACUGCAGAGGACUGACUCCAAAUCUCAAAAGGACAAAUCCGAGCUCCUUACAGUGGAGGAGGUGCUCAGGCGACGGCCUCGCGCAUCUUUUCUGGCCAAACAGCACACAUCGAAAUUGGUGAGAGGUCAAAGGUCAGAGAGCUUUGGUUCAAGGAGGACAGCCAGCCCAUCAGUGCCCCUUCGGCCGAUGUCUUUGAGAUGUGACAAGCCAAGAUCUGAGGAGCUCCGCGAAUGGGAGAGGAGAGGACUGAGCCCCGGGCUGUGCUACCUGGAGCAGGUGUGCCAAAUGCUGGAGGAAUUCGCUGCACAACAGAUGCAAAACCGGGUGUCGCGGGCGGAGAUGGAUGCCCUGCGGGAACGUCAAGAUGUGCAGGUGAGACAGGCGCCUGACUGCUGUCAGGCUGACUCUCAAGCUGCCGAGGGCGACCUCUCUUCCUGUCAAGACCUCUCUUCAUGUCAAAGGCUUGAAUAUCUGGAAGAUGAAGAACGCAGUGCCAGUGAACCCCAGCGGCUUAAAAAUCACGCUUAUGGACAUUUUCGACAGAGAUCUGCUUCAGACACAACGAUUGCAACGCUGCAUUUAAGACAGAUGAAUUCCAUCUGCAGAGGGCAGCAUCUGAGCAACGAUGAGCUGCAGGAGAGGACAGAGGAUGACGAUCUAAAGGAGGAUACUAAGAAGGAAGAGAGCAGUAAAACUGACAAGAGCUGGAGGACGAAAAUUGCAUCUCUAAGAAGAGAAGUGCCUUCUCUGAGAGAUAAAAAGGGCCAGCAGAUGCAGUCAUCUGAGAGGAACUCGGCCCGGAGACGGCUCAGUCAGCUGUUCAGGAGGAGGAGGACGACUAUGCCUGUGUAAACGGACCGCAGUGUCCGCCAUGAUGUUUGGGACUGUUUGGUUUCACUUCUGCGGAGGAAGGAGCUUUGUCUUCAAGAGUCUGAGCACUAUCACUGCUAUCAACUGACUUCCUGUUCAGACCAUGUGAUGUUGAUUAUUUAUUGUCAUCUAUAUACCAUGGGUCCAUAUAAGUGCCAUCAUUUCUUUUUAUAGACUACUGAUAAUUAGUGUCAUUUUCUGUAAAACUGUGACACAGAACAAAAUAAAAUAUAUAUUUUUUCCAGUCA